UUUGUUUUGUUUUGUUUUUUUAAAUCACAGCAAGAGAAAUUAACAAGAGGGGGAACAAUGGCCCCGCUCACGGCGCUUAGGGCUCUGAGAAACCGAUCCAAUUUUCCGAUUUUUUCUUCUACAGCUUCAAUUGCUUGGUCUAUUCGUCGAUUCAUAAGCACAUUGGUGGUGGCAGAACAUGAGGGAGGAGUUGUGAAGCCAUCUUCUUUGAGUGCAUUCGCGGCCGCAGAGGCUAUUGCGAAGGAAAAUUCGAUUUCUGUUCUACUGGGAGGGUCAGGAGAAACCCUUCAAAAAGCCGCGGCACAUGCUGCAUCAAGCCAUCCAUUGAUCUCUGAGGUGCUUGUUGCUGAUGCAGAAAUACUGGCACAUCCUUUAGCCGAAUCUUGGGCCGAACUCAUUCAUUCCGUCCAGAAGAAAGGCGGUUAUUCCCAUGUAAUGUCCGCUUCAACUUCGUUUGGGAAGAAUGUGCUUCCACGUGCGGCGGCUCUCCUCGAUGUUUCACCUAUAACAGAUGUCAUCGAGAUACGGGAGCCACGGGUUUUUGUGAGGCCAAUAUAUGCUGGAAAUGCUCUUUCUACUGUCCGCUAUUCCGGCCAGGACCCUUGCAUGAUGACUAUAAGAUCAACAUCUUUUCCCCUUCUUGUCAACUCGACCAACACAGAGGGAAGAACUGUGCCUAUCAACCAGGUUGACGUAUCUGUCUUCAGUGAAGAGAGCUUGAAGAAAUCUAGGUGGUUGAAGCUCACUUCACAAGAUACAGAACGACCUGAUUUAGGAAAUGCACGAGUUGUAGUCACUGGGGGGCGUGGAUUGAAAAGUGCAGAGAACUUUAAAUUAUUGGAGAAGCUUGCUGAGAAACUAGGUGCAGCAGUUGGGGCUACGCGGGCUGCUGUUGAUGCAGGAUUUGUGCCGAAUGAGCUGCAGGUUGGUCAAACUGGUAAAAUUGUUGCUCCGGAACUAUAUAUGGCAUUCGGGGUUUCAGGAGCGAUACAACACUUGGCCGGAAUGAGAGACUCUAAAGUCAUCGUAGCCAUAAACAAAGAUGCAGAUGCACCCAUAUUUCAGGUUGCAGACUAUGGACUAGUUGCCGAUCUGUUUGAUGUGAUUCCGGAAUUGCUAGAAAAACUGCCAGAAAAGAAAUGAUCCCUCUGUUAAAGCCAAGGAUCUCAUGUCUUAAUUUUGUAGAUAAAUAGAUGAAUAAAUAGUUUCCAUUUUCUUCCAGUUUUCGGCGACGGAGAGAACAGAAAUAAUCAUGCUCAAAAUUGGCAUCAAGCUUUUGUUGUAUUAAACAAGCAGGUACCGAAAGGAGUUUGAUUUCAUGAUACUACAUUUAUUCAAGCACUCGGAGUUACUAACUUAAA